AUGCGUACAGUCGGCACUACUCUGUCAUCUCCGGAUGUUGCAACGUCCAUUCUUCUGCUCCCCGGAGAGUACACCUCUACGACAAAUCCCGCACUCAUCCACGAGCUCCUUUCCUCGUCCUCCACCUCAAUAUCUGCAUCGGCAGGGUUCAACACUUCGUCCGUCACACUUCCCCUAAACGUCGCUCUCGAGCCAGGUAUCGCCGCCUACCCCAACUCCUUCUACUCUGGCCAGGCACAGUUCGCUGCAUUGCCUAACACUCCUGCCUCAAACUCUUCCACGGGAACUUCUCUGUCCGCUGGUUCGAUAGCCCUAUCGUCAGACGUUUGGGUCGCGGUCACCUCCGGCUCGUCGACGAGCCGUCUCAUCCUCUGGGACUCCAUCCCCGACGUUAGUCAACUCCCAGGCGCCUCCACUCUAUCCCUGCUCGAUAUCCAAUCCAACUCCUGUUCACCCGCGUGUUCUGGCAACGGUAUAUGUUCCUCGUCUGGACAAUGCACCUGCCCCACCGGGUUCACCGGGUCGUCGUGCGAAUCUUGCGCCUCAGGGUUCUUUGGGUCAGACUGUCAAGCAUGUCCCUCAAACUGCGAGACCUGCGACGAAGGAAUUUCAGGCUCCGGUGUCUGUCUUGUUCCAUCCGUGAGCGAUCCACCGUCAAGCUGUAAUUGCCUUAACGGUCAAUGUGGAUCGAAUGGUCAAUGCACGUGUAACGCUGGCUGGACGACGGCAGACAACGGGACGGCAUGCGCGAAGUGUGCGACUGGAUUCUUCCUGGACUCGAAUGGCGACUGCUCUGCAUGUCAGCUGGGAUGUACGGACUGCGAGGAUAGUAGUGGGAUUUGUAUUACGUGCAAGUCGGGAUUCACGCAGGAUUCGACGGACCGUACGAAGUGCGACGCACCAGAGCAGACGACGUCAUCGGGGACGGUUUGUCCAGAUGGGAGCUUCAGUAAUGGGACGGCAUGUGCAACGUGUUCGGCGAGCUGUGAGACGUGCACUGGCGGGACCUCCAACGACUGUAUCAUCUGCGCCAACAGUCAGUACUCGCUCAAUGGGACGUGCGUGACUGUGGACAGUAACGGCGUCUGCUCUGGUACGGCCAUGAUUGGAAACAACAAUAAGCAUGUGUGCGACAGUUGUCCGGCUAAAUGUACAUCCUGUGGGAUAUCGAGCUUCUCAGUCGCCUCUACCAUCGACCAGGCACAAUGCACCGGUUGCGUCGCUGGUUACUUCCUCUCGUCUGGUCAAUGCGUCGAAAGUUGCCCAAGCGGCACCUUCAUAGAUCCCAAGGACAAUGUUACCUGCACAGCCUGUUCCUCCUCCUGUGGCACAUGUGCUGGCUCGGCCGACUUUUGUCUCACCUGCGCGGACAACAAGCUUGCCUCAUCUGGUAGCUGCGUAACAUCCUGCCCAUCCAAUUCGUUCAGCUCUUCCGGCUCCUGCGUAGCGUGCCACCCCGACUGCGCCACCUGCUCCGGAAACUCCUUCAAUCAGUGCUCAUCUUGCCCGUCCGACCGACCCGUCCUCACCAACGGUCGUUGUCUCCCGACAUGUUCAAAAUCCCAGUUCUUCGACACCACUUCAUCGUCCUGCCAGUCUUGCGACUCGAGCUGUUCGAGCUGUUCCGGCUCCGGUCCCAGUAACUGCCUCGCCUGCUCGAGCUCCUCCCAAGUCCUCCAAGGCGGAACAUGCACGACCGCGAACUGCAACGCCACCAUAUCUGGUCUCGGCGUUUGUCUUUCUGACCUCGUCACCGUCCCACAAGCCUCCGGAACGUCUUCUGCCUCUGCUCUUCCCACCAUCACCGGUCUCACGGACCCCACACCCGCUCAAUCAACGACGACAUCCCGACCACUUCAAUGGUGGGAGAUCCUCCUCAUGGCCCUCGGCUGUGCCUUCAUCUUCGUCGUGAUACUCACGCUCUGGCGUCGUCGUAUGCGCAAGAAACGCGCGCAGCAGACAGCUGCGUUCGCUGCUGCUAAAAAUAUCGACAAGAAAGGUACUUGGAAGUUUAGGCUGAUGAGGUUCGGAGAGAGGUUGUUCGGGCAUGCGCCUACGAGGAUGAUGAACCCUGUCGAGGAGGAGGAGAUGCAGCUCAUGAAGAUGAGGAACGUAGAGCAGGAGAGGCACCUCAGGGAGAUGAAGAAGUUGGGCGGUCCGUCUUCGUUGCCAUCAUACUACGACUUCAAAGACCAAGACGACCACGACCUCCGAUCCUCCUCCUCUCACUCUCGUCCUUCGUCGUACUACCCACCUGGUUCUCGAGCCUACCAGGACGACAAUCGCAUGUCACCAAGUCGAUCUGAGUCGAUCUAUUCUCAGGUGACGGGGAUGCCCAGGAAGACGCCGGAUCCGAGACAGCCCGUGAAGGAGAUGGGGACGGGGUUGACCGCAGCCCCUCCUUUGCCUAACAUGGGCUCGAGGUUUUCCUGGACAACGCAAGAUACGAAGUCCUCGAGGAGACGUUCACCUGAAUCGCUUGCGCCCCCGCCGCAGGCGACGGAGGCGCAGGAGUAUGUCAGGCGGGUGAGGACUCCUGAGGGUGAGAGAGGGGCAUAUUGGUUGGAGCCAACGAAUACCGGAGCUUCUGCAUCGAAGAAUCCUUUCAGACGAUGAUAGAUGAACAAUUAGCGGCUGCGCGGCCACGAACACAGAUACGGACAUGGAUUCGGAUUGUAAUAGACAUCAUCAUUGACGUCGACGUUAUGACCACUGGUACUGUAGCAUACUGACAUUGCUUUGAACACCCCACCUGCAUAUAUAUACCUGCCUUCUUUCCUUACAUACUCUCGCUCGUUUUAUAGCCUGAUACUUUUGCUAGUUCGCUACCUUCUACUUUCGCUUACAUAUCUUCAUUCCCUAGCGAGGGGCUCUUCUCGUGUGUUAUAACUCAGCUGUAUCGUUAUUUUCCGUCGUAAUGUGAUUGACUUGGCCUUUGGUCU